GAUUCGCUUAUAAACAUGGAAAUUGACUUAGGUUGAAUUUUGGUUAGGUUGUUAAAAUUUUAUUUUAUUAUUUGUUUUGCGUUAUUACAGUUAGCUAUCCGAAAAAGUAUUUCUGGAAUAUUUUUUUUUUAGAACAAAUAGACUAAUGAUAUGCGGAAAUAUAUUUAUUUUACAAGGAAUAGACUUGUAACAUAACAUGGCUGGUCACUACAUUCCUAAUACUAGAAUUGCCAUAGAUAUCUGGGAGGAAUUAUCUGAAAGAAAAAUUCAUUUCUUAUCUCAUUUCCAUGAAACCCAGACUGUUGGCUUGACAUCAAAAUGGAAAAGGCGUAUUUACACAUCCAGUAUUACUGCAAGAUAUUUGGAACAGAUUAUUAAGGUGAAACCGAAAUUUUUGAAGGUGCUGGAAGUGAACAAAAUGUACACCAUCAAGCACAAAGGAUCGCAGGAAUGCUUCUCUGUGGCAGUAAUCAGUGCUUACCAUUGCCCCGGGUCUGUCAUGUUCCUCUUUAAUGGUAAAUUUGGAAGAAUUCUGUAUACAGGACAUUGCCGGUACAAACCAUCUAUGCUGAAACACCCAGCAUUGGCGCAAGCAGCUGCUAACCAGAAUCUGGAUGUGAUGUUCCUUGACAACACUUAUGCAGCACCUGAAUGCAAGUUUCCUAGCGAUGUAGAAUGCUUGAAACAAGUUGUAGAACUUAUAAGAGCCAACCCUAAGCGCAAAAUUUUGCUGGCCUUGUUAGAUGAGGACGAAGCACAAGCCCUGCAGUGCCUCGUUAAAGUUCUUAAGGUGAAAAUUCUCAUCAGCAAAGAAAAGUACAGUACUGCACAGAAGUUGGUGGAGGGAGAUGCCAGGCUGUGGUUCACAGACGACCCUUCACAGAGUUCAAUCAGCGCGGUUCAGCUCUCGUCAGUCGCAGCGGAGAGGAACAAGGACAACUCUGUGGUGACCAUCCUGCUGACGUUGCAGCACAAGUUCGGAGCCGGGCUGGAGCUCGCUGGAGAGAGCGACGUUCACGUGAUUCCUUACAGCACCCACAGCAGCUACGACGAGCUGGCGUGUUUCGUGUCGCAGCUACGCCCCAGGCAGAUAGUACCGAUCAUCGCAGAGGCCAGCAGUUGGUGUUCCGUGAUUCCCAAGCAGCUGCGUAACUUCUGCAGACGGUCAUCCGUUGUUGCCAGUCUGGGAAAACCCUCCAAGCGUGCACGUCCGGUCGAUGUGGUAGAAACCGUAGGAUCGACCGUGAAAAGAACGAGGAUGAGAAGCCCGAGAAAAAAUCUAAGCUUAAGCAAGAGAGUUGAAGAUAGUGCCCGAAACUGUAAGUCAAGGGAAGAUGUAGUCCUGGAGGUUGAAUCUGAAAGUAGUGAAGUCAUUGAGGUGGUAGCGUGCUCAGUUAGUUCUGAAAGUGAGAGCAGGGGUGAUCAAGUGCCAUUGCAUAAGUCGCCCAUGCUAUCGAGUCCUGUUGUCACGUGUGUUGACGAGCCUGGUGAGCCCCUACAAGCAGUUGAUCACAUGUUGAGUGGUGACAGUAUGUUCAACCAGGGUGUCAGAGUCUUAGAAGAUGAUGAGUGUAGCAUUCAGACCACAUCGCCUGGUGUUGUAGAAAGGUAUGACCACAAGCUGUUUGGCACUACGUUACACCAGUGUUUAGUAGACUUUGAAGAAAAAUGCUCAAGGCAAAAGGGUAAGGUUAGUCAUGCCGUUCAAACAGAAAUCAAAAACAGCUGUCAUCAUCUUGAUCAAUUUUCAAAUGAUGAAGAAAACUUUUUGCUAAGUGUACACAUUUUGCCAUUAGAACUGAAACAGAAAAUGGGGCUCAGGUCUUGUGAUUGUGAUUCUUGCAUGAUAAUUAACAAAGAGAAGCAUUCAAAACUUUUCCCCAGGCGGACACAGUUAGCAGAUGAGAGAGAAGACGGUGAAUCAGAUGAACUGUGUUCGUUGUGUGCUACCAAGGAGAGAGACCGUGGAAUUGACUCAGUGGCUGGUAAUUCAACUGCCAAACAUUGUCAUGAAAACAAAAAUUCUGAUGGUAAUAUUAGAGGGGGCAAUAAAUUACUUUUCCCAUUAAAAUGUAACGAAUCAAUUUGUAAUUUGAUUAAUUCUGCGGACAUAAAUGUAGCUAGAGUGCAACCACCAGUUCGAUUUUCUUCAUGUUUGACUGAAAACAUGAAUGAUGUUUCAUGUUCUGUGCAAAAACUAAACAACAACUGUUGGGUGACUGAAUACGAAGUACCCAUAAGUAUGUGUGCUUCUGUUGAUGAUAGUGUGAAGUUAUGUAUGGAGUCAAUUUUGGAAGAAACUUCUGGUGGUCACAGUAGCAUGUGUGUUAAAACUAAUGCAGAAGAUAGUAGUAGACAUCUUGAUACUAGUUCUCAUUAUGUUUAUACUGCAAGAGAGUCAACUGUUAAAACCAAAAACCAAGCCAGUGAAUUAUUCCAGAGGGGUUUGAGCAGUCAGGUUGAAAAUGAAACAGUUGCAAAACAGAGGUCAUUUUUUAAAUAUUUGGACCUAAAACAGGUACAUGACAUUGAUUGCAGUGAAGAAUCACAACAGUAUGCAUCAAAUAAGUUUUCAAAAUUGCGAAAAAGAAAUUCUUGUUGUGAUACCACUUCCUCUAUAAAAAAUACCUGCAGAUGUCUGAUUCAGCGAAAAAAAAGAAAAUCAUAUCUGGCCACUCGUAAAGUUUCAAACAAAAUUAAUGUGACAGGAAAUUGUUUAGCCGAGUUAUGUAACAAGAAGAGUUUGACAGUUUCAUUAGUUCGCUUGAAACCUGACCAGAUCAGAAGGUAUGAAUGCCCUAAAAAAUACAGUGAAGUAGUGCAUAACAGCUCUGAGGAAACAUUUUACACUGCAACUGAUGGUUUGUUCCAAAGCUGUAGUAAUGAUGAAACAUUUUACUCUACAGUAAGUUCUUCAGUUCCUUGUAGUCUGCUUUCUAAGACAAAUAUGCCUACUGAAGAGUUAAACUUGGAAGACAUCCCUUUAGCUGAUUAUUUGUUAUUAGGGAAGUGUAAAAUAAAUGGUUAUGGGAAAUCGUUAAGUACUGAAAACUCUGGCAGGGAUCCGAAAGAAAAUUACACAGACUGUAACAACAUGGCACCAAAAUCAGUUGAACCGGAGAAUACACAAAUAAUUUUAAAACAAAUCAGUGAUGAGCCUGUAAGGUCCAAAGAGAAUAAUGUUGUGGAUCGUGUUGAGCUGUGUAGUUUAUUAAAAGAUCAGAGUGGAAGUUGCAGUGACAUCCAUAGAUCAACAUUUUUCGGUGAGAACAUUAGUAGUUCAGAGAAAGGUGUUGAUGUUCACCAUGAAAAAAACCUAAAAAUAUCAAAUGAAAUUUUGAAAGAAAGACGCCUUCCAUCUCACAAAACUGACUUACAAACAUUUUGCAACAGCACUGAGAGAAGUUAUAUAAUUUGUUCUGAUGAUGGUGAUGAUAGCAGCAAUGAUGAUCUCAUCAAAGUACAUGAUAAAGAAAGGGAAAACAACUGUGCUAAGGAGAUGAAAGCUGUCGAGACCUCACACAAAGGAAGCAGCAGUGAAAACAGUAACAUAUUACUGUCCUCAAGAGAAACUAAGCUACGCCAGAAACGUGAAACAAAUCACACCAAGUCCCAAACUUUUGGCACAUUUUCCACACAAAGAAGGUCUAGUGUUGAAAGAUGUGUUUCUGAUACAGGCCUUGAAGUUGGUAGAAAGCGAAGAUUAAGGCGUAAGUCUAAAAAGUCAUAUAGUGCUGUUCAAGCUUGCACACAAAGGAGGUCUAGGAAAGUUUAUGAAAUAUACGAUAUCAAAGAUUCAAGUGAAGAUGACAGUGUCGAAAGACGUGUUUCUGAUGCAGGCAGUGAAGUUGGUAGAAUGCGGAGAUUAAGUGCUGUUCAAGCUUCCACACAAAGUAAACGCAGUUGUUCAAAGUACAGAAAUGAAGGUGGUAGUAAAGGUGAAGAUGAAGAGAACCAUAUGAAGAACACUGUUGCUGAUAGGUCUGCCAGGAGAGAGUGCUACACAAGACUUGACGGCAAGUAUUCUAGUAGUGAUGACAGCAUCGAGGUGGUGGAAGUGAAGCACAGGACAGACAGUGCUAGUGGUUCCAAGGCUGGCAAGCAGAACUCUCCCCUCAGCGUGUCUAGUAGCGAGAGUGACUCCAGCAAAGCUGAUUUUUUCCUGUUGAGUCCGAGCCGGAGUACCAGACUGAGGCGGCGGAUUAUUGAUGCCAUCAGUAAAAAGAGAAAUGAAAGUGAAGUCUCUUUUUAUGAACUUUCUUAAAUAACUUAAUAAAUUAGUUGAUAAUGUAUAUACAAUCUUAAAAUUAUUUAUUUAUGGUAGUGAUGUGCGAGUCUCGGCAUCAUCGAGAACGAGUCGAGACAGAAAUUUUCUCGAUCUCGUCUCGAGAUAAUUUUUUUGGCUCGGAAUUUUCGAGAAUUUUGUAAACAAGAAAUAGGUUAGGUAAUAUAAUAUAUUGAGGCAGCAUUUUGUGUUGCGUGUUGAAAUAAUUAACAUAUCUUCAACGUAACGUAGAUCGAAUAAAAUAAAAUAUACUUGUUACGCUAGUAUACACAAUAAAUUAUUAAAAAGUUAAAAACGAACAACUUCCGUUCACAAGUCACUACAUGAAACGGUAAACGUAAACAAUGAAUUGUGCUGUGGUUAUCACAUUAAGUUACAGAAGAAAAUGAUUAUUUUCCGUUAAUAAAACCAACAUUAAAGUUAAAAAUAAAUCAUUUUCGGUAUCAAUAUCAAGUAUCAACGUAAAACGGUAAGGUAAAAAAUAAUAAUAUAAACAUGACUGCAGAACUUUUCCGCGAUUGCAUUUUGUUUUAUGGCCUUAGGUUAUACACACGGCCAGCAGUAUAUAACAAGCAACAUGUUGUUUAAAUUGCAGUCCGUAUCGAUAGUGACAUAUCGAUAGUGGCGAAUGUUCAGACUUUCAUGAUCAAGUACCGUCCAUGGCUCAAGGAAACUGUAUAGACUAUGGAGUCAAUAACGUAUGUUUACAUACGACAGUAGGCAAAUAAACUUGAGUGUAAAGGUAAAGUUGUAAUUGCAAUUGCAAUUGUGGAUACUUGAUAAAAUUAUUGAAUACAGUAGAAUCUCGUUAUAGCGAGAACACGGCUAUAACGAGGUAUUUUUGAGGAAUUUACGGCGUGAUCGCUUGUAGCGCGCUUUUGUUAUUUGUCUGCUUUAUCUCCACCCCUCUCGAUCGCCACUAGACAUCUUGCCGUUGACGCGUCACAUUCUUCAGCCGCGCAGUCGCCACCUAAGUGCGUGGCUUAAAAAUAGAAUCCCAUCCUUUCUUUCUUUUAUCAAACUUCCGUUAGUUAUCUGUGCCGUGUGUAGACAAAGUUUGAGAUUGGAACAGAAACAACGUAAGAAAGUAUUUUUUACAAAUUUGAAAUAUGUAUGUUUUUAUAAUCGCGUAUUUUCAUGUUAUUUUUUUUGUUAUCUUAAAAGAGAUAAUAUCAAAAAGCCGCUCUAAUGAAAUUUAAUUGUUCUUGGUUAACAAAAACUAUUAAUUAUCAAAUAUUGUUAAUUGUUUAUAUUCUAUUUAUUAUUAUUUACGCGACGUCAUACUGUACGCGUACGCAAUACGACUGGAUUCGUUGAUGCAACAUAACAUAGCAUGUUAUGCGGUAUCAGAAGUAACGAGUAACGUAACGAUAGUAACGAGUACUAAUUGUUAUAGUAACAAAUACAUACGGUUACACAUUUUUUCGUUACUUUUAGACCUCUAUAGUCGGCACUACCGUAUUUAUUUCCGAAUCGCUAGGGCAGUUUUCUUGUAACUUCGGUCAGUUGUUGGGGUAUCUGUCCGAGAAAGGGGUGGUGAUGGUUUGAGUUUAAUCCCAAAUUUAUUUUCUAAAAAAGUUGACUGGUUUCUUUAAAUGAAAAAAGUAUAGUUUUCCAGCGACUAUUACGUUUGAGGCGUACGUGCGUUGCCGCAGCCGCACUCCUGCUUUUUUGUAAGGAAUUAAAUCGUUGCGCUACACUAGCACCACCUGUUAACGACAUCCCGAACCAACAUGGCCGCCAGCAGACAGCCCGCGUCAGCAAUAGAUAGCAGGACAAUGCUGCGUCGGCCGCGGGCUGAGAUGCUAUACUUACGUGGCUUGAUAGGGUAUUCUGGUUAUUUUGACGCAAUCGGUGAUCGCAUCCGUACUUAUGGGGUAUCGUUUUAAAGAAAAUUCACACAUCUGCUCACAGAAAUUAAGAUUUCGUUAAUAUAACCAUUUAUUUUCCAAUUAUACAGGUUUAAACACAAUUUUUAUGCUAUUUUCGGUUAAAUUUUAUUUUUUGGGGGCCAAAAUUUGUCCAAUUCGGUUAUAGCGAGGACACGGUUACAGCGAGGAUCAAACCCGGAACCGUGACACCUCGCUAUAACGGGACUCUAGUGUAAUUAUGUAUGUUUGUCAGAUUAUUGAGUUUUACUUUUUUGGAUCAUAUUAUCCUGUUAACUAAAGUACAGAUUUCUCGAUCUCGACUCGAUUCUCGAGAAUUUUUAAAUUGCUUUCUCGAUCUCGUCUCGAAUUCAAAAAAGUCUUUCUCGCACAUGCCUAAUUUAUGGUGCAAUUCAAGUUAAAAUAAUGCCUCUGUAUAUGAAACAAAGUUGUGGAAAAUUGUAUAAACUUAAGUUUUUUGGAUGGUAGAGUAUUUCAUUCCCUUUUGUAUUAAUAUCUUAUGUUUUUGUUAAUUAUCAGCACAUAUAUUAAUAUUCAUGUUACUUGAU